UUUCACCCCAAUAACAGGAAACCCGGCCCUCUCACAAAAGAGUCAGGUGAUUUGCAUCGUACCGUGAAUGUUGGUGCAGUAUUUCUGUGCAACCAGGAGGAAAACUCUACAUUUUAGAAAGGAAAAUAGUUUUUUUUUGUGUUUAUGUCUUACGGUUCCGCCCACGAGCGAGUUGCAAUAACAAAUGAAGAGUUACUGAUACAUUGCUCAGUACUGCAGUGCAGAGAAUACAUAGUCUCCUAUCCGGAGGGAGGCAGACCAAAACAAAAAAUCGCAAGUCCGCACUGCAACUAGUGUGACAUUAAACGGUUUUCUGUUUUCUGUGUUGAACGUUGGUGAUAGUGAUCGCCUUCUAAACCUGCACGUAAUGGCUUUCUUAAGCUAAUAUUUGCUUUGUUUCAUGAUACAACGUAAUGAUGUCAGCACGAAGCUGUGAGUGACCGACAGGGUUGAUGUCAAACCCGUCCUGUUUAUUCUCGUUUUGUAUUUCUUAGUGAAUCAUAUAGGGUGUUGUGUAAGAAACACGGAAUGGCUGCCGAUUUACAAGCGAAGUAUCAGAAACUUGCUCAGGAGUAUUCGAAGCUCCGGGCACAGAACCAGGUACUGAAGAAGGCGGUCGUGGACGAGCAGGCCAGCACUACGGUUCUGAAGGAGCAGAUAAAGAUGAAGGACCAGUCCCUGAGGAAGGUGGAGCAGGAGAUGGACAGUCUGACCUUCAGGAACCAGCAGCUAGCCAAGAGGGUGGAGCUGCUACAGGAGGAGCUGGUUGCCACCGAAACCAAAGGGAAGAAGAACAAGCAGAAGUCCAGCGACUCCACGUCACAGCACAGUCAUCAGCACCAGAGCGUCUUCGACGAGGACCUGCAGAAGAAAAUCGAGGAGAACGAACGCCUUCACAUGCAGUUCUUCGAGGCAGAUGAGAAGCACAGGCAGACGGAGGCUGUUCUCCGAGAGAGGCUGGAGGUCCUGGAGAGGGGGGGAGCGCAGCACCAAGCCGAGGUCGACGGGCUGACCCAGAAGUACAUGGAGAGCAUCGAGAAGCUGCAGAACGACAAGACCAGACUGGAGGUAAAAUCCCAGACCCUGGAAAGAGAAGCCAAGGAAUGCAGACAACGAACAGAGGAAUGCCAACAGCAGCUAAAGAAAUGUCACGCUGAGCUGAACAGCCGUUUGGAGCAGGUUACCAGCAUCAUUCAAGAGAAAGUUUCCUUUAAUGACACAAAACACUGGCAGUAUAACACACUGAAUGUCCCGCCUCACAACAGAAGACAUCAGCUGAAAGCAAGGGAUAUUGUUGGACAGGCAUUCACAUUCGUUCAGGACCUCGUGGCUGCAUUGCUGAACUUUCACACCUACACAGAGCAGAGGGUCCAGAUCUACCCCAUUGACUCGGCCACUGAUACAAUAUCACCUUUAAACCAAAAGUUUUCUCAGUAUCUUCAUGAAAACGCAGCCUAUGUGCGCCCUCUGGAGGAAGGCAUGCUGCAGUUGUUUGACAGUGUUACAGAGGACACUGUUACUACAUUGGAAACAACUGUGAAACUAAAACAAUUUUCAGACCAUUUCACGUCGUACACCUGCUUCCUACAGAAGAUUCUUCCAUACCAGUUGAAAAGUCUGGAGGAGGAGUGCGAGUCCUCUCUUUGCACGUCCUCUUUAAAAACAAAAAACUCGGAACUGCACAGUGACGUGAAAAAGAUGACUUCUGUGUUUGAAAAACUGCAGAAUUAUAUCGGCCUUCUUGCUUUACCAAGUACCAAACCUGAGGCAAUCCUUCAGGCCAACUCUAGUGCUGUGUUCACACAGCUGGCAGCUUGUCUCCACGGGCUCCAGGAUGUCAUGAAAGAUGUUUCAAAGCACUACAGCCAGAAAGCUAUACUUGAACAAGAACUCCCGACGGUCACACAGAAACUUCAAACUACAAACGAGUGUAUUCUGACGUCCCUUGUGUCUCUGAGCAACGUUACUGGAAAGAUUGCUACAUAUUUCAGCAACAACCUGGAUUUCUUCACUGCCCCGACAGGCUAUGGUCCAAGAGCAGGGGCUGGGACAAUGAACCCCCUUCAUGCAGAGUCAAUGUUACAGUGCAAGAAGAGAGCAGCUGGCUAUAUCCAAGCCCUGAAGAAGCCACAGCCAGAAUCUGUGCCUUACGUUGAAGCUUUGGCACACCGUAGAAUUCUUCUGAGUUCCACAGAGAGCAGAGAAGGUCUAACACAACAGGUCCAUCAGAGCCAGGAGAAGAUUGCAAAGCUGGAGCAGGAGAAGGAGCACUGGAUGCUGGAGGCACAGCUGGCCAAGAUCAGGCUGGAGAAGGAGAACCAGCGGAUCAGUGAGCUGGAGGCUCAGCUUGCGGGCUCGAGCAGCCGCCAGCUCUUCCUUCCCACCCCGGAGAGUCCCAGCGCCCAGCCCACACCAGAGGAGGAGGGCGAGGAGCCAGGAGAGAGGGGCCUGGGAGAACCCAUCCGCAGCGCAAGCCUGAUCGGAAUGUUGACAACUAAGAGUGAAGAAGUGAAGAUCCCAGACGAGGAGUGUCGGGAGCAGCUCAUUAAGAGUCACUACAUGAGCAGAGUGGCGGAGCUGACGUCCCAGCUGCAGGUGGCAGACAGCAAAGCCGUGCAUUUCAAUGCGGAGUGCCGGGCUCUUGCUAAACGAUUAACCCUUGCUGAGAAAUCGAGGGACAUGCUGACAGAGGAGGUGAAGCUGGCCAAUCAGAAUGUCAGUCGCUUGCAGGAUGAAUUGACUACAACCAAAAGGAGUUACGAGGACCAGCUGAGUAUGAUGAGUGAUCACCUGUGCAGUAUGAAUGAAACGCUGACGAAACAAAGGGAAGAAAUUGACACUCUGAAAAUGAGCAGUAAGGGAAAUUCCAAGAAGAAUAAGGGUCGAUAGGCAGCAAAUGGCUGCUCCUUGAGUCUGGAUUAGACAGGGGAGGAUGUGACCAAACCUGAACACGGGGAAACUGAAAAUGCCAAACAACGGCCCCUUUCCUCGCCUCUUACAGGACAUUACCGAUAGUGGCUGGAGCAGCAGAGGGUGUAUCUGAGAGCCAAGAUCAAAAUAACCAACAAAAACUUGACAAAGCGCAGCAGAGUGUCUUAAUGCAAUUGCCAGCCGCUGGCUUUGUGAACUAUUACCAUGUGAAGUGUUUCUACAGAGACGUGUUUGCUUUGAUUGAGAAAACAAAGGGAGAAGGAAGAUGAGGUAUUGCAAAGUCAUUUUCUCGAAAAAUAAUUCUCAAUCUGUCACCUGUCUGGAGAAUUGGUUCAUAUUAGUGAUCAUUCCUGAGCCAAAGGGAGCUAAUUGUGUUUGUACAAAAGACUAACAAUGCUUGUCACUUGAAUGAAUUACAAAAUAUACUACAAAACAAAGAUGCUGCAAACACUAAAAUCGUCAUAAAAACUUCGCUUUCAGUGUUUUCUGAUUUCCUAAAAUUCAAACAAAUCCAACUCGACGAUGUAAAUAAAUACGACGUUCACAAACUCAAUGGACUUCUCCGAGAAUUCUAUGCCACAGUGAGAAAGUCAGAUGGACAGUUCUAUGCCAAAAAAAACUGUAAUAACUAUGCGCUAUGGACUUCAAAAACCAUUACUUUGUUGACUGCUUCAGGAAACAAAUAUGGACUGCUGACCUCGGCUCAUAGUGGGAAAAGUGCCCUCGGGAAGGACUAUGGUUGAAAACUAUGGGCAUUCUAGUCCUCUGUUGUUAACUAUAGUACUUCCCUCGGGGGCCAUAAUUUCCCGCUAUACUCCUCCUCUCCAGUCCAUAUAUAUAAUUAGGGCUGUCAAUUAAUCACAGUUAACUUCUGCAGUUAACGCGUUCAUUUUUUGGGUAGAUUAAUGUUUUUAAUGCAUGUUAAUUGCACUCCUGUCUGUCCCUCUUAGCAUACCGGAAUUCAUUUCCUGCGGCACCUUUUUAGUGCAUGCCAUGAUUGAAUGAGUGCAGUCAUCAUUUCAAUAUAAGAUUAGUCACGUUACCGCAUUAUGAACAAAGCACUCAAACCGAAGGAAUUGUAGCUUUUGUUUUAUUUCAAUAACCACAUUUAUUUUUAAAUAUUUGCAAUUGUGGGGGAUAUAACCGUCAGUGAAUGUUUUGUGUUAUUGAGGCAAGUUCAAGUUAUUAAUAAGAUAAUUUAAAAUUAUUAUUAUUAUUAUUAUUAUUAUUAUUAUUAUUAUUAUUUAAAGGCAAUGAAAAACAUAAGUUUAUGAGUAAAGGAAACUGAUAAUUGUAAAUGCAGUAAGGUGAGUAAUAAACUGACUUCAUUGUGAUUUAGCAGAUGGUUCAAACAAUUUAACAACAAAUGCUGGAUUGGAAAUGCAUAUAAAACUAUAAAGAGAAUCCAGAAAUGGGAAAUCUGGGUUUUUAUGCUGGGCUGUUUAUCAUGUAAUAAUAAUAAUAAUAAUAAUAAUAAUAAUAAUAAUAAUAAUAGCAUCAGUAAUAAAACAAACUUAAAGGGUAGAUAAGGACUUUUUUUAUUGUAUUGUGUUACAUGUUCCCAUGUGUUGCUACAACUGUUUACGUAAGAGGUGUUUUUUUAAUUUUUUUUUUUACAUUUUGAAAAGGGGUCAAAAUGAAGAAAAAAAAUUUAAACAACACACACACCUUACGUAAACAGUUGUAGCAACACAUGGGAACAUGUAACACAAUAAAAUAAAAAGAUCCUUAUGUACCCUUUAAAAGAGAUGGGUGUAGUAAUUGUAUCAAUUUGAAUAUGUGAUUAAAACCAAGAUUAACAGAUACAUGAGCCACCAUAGGAAACAGGCAAAUUUGAGAAAGAAAACAAACUAAAAGCAUCAUGUUCACAAAUAAUUCAUAAAUGUUUAAAAUCUUGUCUCCCAUCAUCAGGCUAAUGCGUCUUGGUUAGUUGAGGCACAGGGGACAGGGAGUAGCUGUCACACAGCCACAGGCUCUGCUAAUCCUUUUGAUUCCAGGUCCAAGUGUACAGGCUGUGGCUCUAACCUUCUGAAACGUAUCUAUUACUUCUGAACUUUUCACAGGUCCACUUACAUAAUGUAUGCAAGACAAGGACCUGUUCAAUUCAUCAUGGAAUAUCAAAACAUAGGAGUCAAUAUUGGAUUAACAGGAACAUUAUUACAUUAAAACAUAAUCAUAUUUGUAUUGUGUGCUUUUUAAAUUAGUCAUUUUAUUUGUUAAUGUAAAAAAAAAUAAGUGUACGUUUGUAUAUUUAGAAUCUGUAUGUGUUUCUGUUUUUGGGGGUGAAAAAAGAGAGGAGUAAUCUCCAAAAUGUUAGAUUGGCUUAUCCUGCGGAAUUGAAAGCACAAUUUCUUCAAUUAGCUGCAGGGUUUUACUUUCUUGGCAGGCAUAAAUCUGCCCCAGUCGGUGUGAAAAACGAUUUUCAUCUACACUUUACUGUCUCAUUAAAAUGAAUGCAUACAACAGCUGUUCUAAAUAAACCAGUACAAAUCAGCUA